GUGGUCCUCUAAUUAUUAGAUAGAAAGCUAUCUUGUAAUCCUUAUCUUUGUUAUUUUAGAUUAACCUUUAUCUCUUCCCCUUCUUCAGGGAUUCUACUCCUCCUUAAUCAAGGAUUGCUAUGUAUAAAUACGCCUAUGUGUUCAUUAAUAAAGUGCAGCCUUUGAAGUUCUAAUACAACUUUGUUAUGGUAUCAGAGCCUACUGCUUAACGGCUUUGCGAUUUAUCUCGUUUCACCGAAAACCAUGGGAAACGAAGAAACUCUUCUACUCACUCACUGCCAGUCUCUACUCCAGUUUUUGGUACAGAACGGAUGACUACAGCCACAGUUUCCGGUCAUACCACUGUAGCCGAUCACACUUCUCUUCUUGUCGGAUCACACCCGCUUUCCUUUGCUGCAACCUCCAUCCCUGCCCCUCUAAUCUCUGCCAACUAUGCCAGUAACCCUUCUCUUAUUCAGUCGCUGGGCUCUUUACCACCAUCAACUUUGCCAACCUUUUCAAUGGGUGCACCACCCACAAACCAUAUGUUGGGGCCUUCUGAUAACCAGACUAUUCCUUCUCUUCCUUCAUUGCAUCCCCCAUUUGACACUUCCCUACCUAACUCAUUUGUUAAUCAGAUAAUAAACCCAACUCCUUCAUCCAUCAUCUCCUCUCAGCCAAAUACAUAUUCCUCCGCUCAAUCCUCUCUAAUUAAUAUAACCUCUUCGUUGCAGGCUUCUGUUAAACUUACCUCAUCUAACUAUCAGACUUGGUAUUCCCAAUGGCGCUCUAUUCUUAUUGGGUAUGGGUUCACACAUUUUGUGACUAUUCAACCAUCAACACAGCAAGUUCGAUCCGACUACCGGUAUCGUCAAGAUCAGUUACUGAGAAGUUCCAUUAUCGCUACCCUUUCAACAGAAGUUCUUCCACUUGUGAAUACUGCAGAGACCUCGUAUGAUGUUUGGACCACCUUGCAUACUAUGUAUGCACGUCCCUCUCGAAGUCGGAUUCUUAGUCUAAAAGAAUCCUUAUCUCGGGCUACUAAGGGAUCGCAGUCCAUGUCCUCCUACCUUCAAUAUGUUAAACAACUGGUCACGACUCUUAACUCUUCUGGAGCAAAUUUGACUAUGGAUGAUGUUACCUUACAUGUUUUGCAGGGCCUUCCUUCUGAGUACCGGGGUAUUGCGGAUUCAAUUCGUACUAGGGAUACACC